UAAAGUAAAAAAAAGUGAUGAUUCUUCAGAUAUAUAUAUAAACAAUAAUAAGAUGUUACAAAGUGUAUAUGAUUCGAUGAAGAAUAGUGACAUGUGUGAUAUAUAUUUUAAUAAAGAGAGUAUUUUAUUAGAAUAUAAAUAUAUAUAUAAAAAGAUAAAUGUGGAGACAAUGAGAAAUACGAAAUUUUUAGAUAUAAUAAAAGAAUUAAUUUAUUAUAAAAUAAUAUUAGAAAUGUAUAAGUUGAAAGAAAAACGUGCUGAAUAUAAUAAAGAAAUAAUAUGUGAUGAGGACCUUCUAAUGCACUCCAUAGGAUACAACAACAAUAAUAAUAAUAAUAAUAAUAAUAAUAAUAUUAACAGUUUUUAUAAUUUAAAUUAUGAUCACCAUGUUGAUAAUUCAGAACAUGAAAUGAAUUAUUUGAAUAAGAUAAAUGAAGUUAUAUAUUUUUUUAUACCUUUCAAUAUAACAGAUUUUUUGUUAAAAAAAAUAACCAAGAGAGAUAAAAAUAUUUUAUGUAAUUAUUUUAUUAUUUCAUAUCUUUAUUAUAUAUUAGAAGUAUUUAAAUGUAUAUGUAAAUUUGUGAUGUUUGUAGAUAUGUUUAUAUCAGUUCCAGAUGGAAUAAAUAAAAAGAUAUUAUUGAAGAGUAUCAAAUUUGAUAUAAAAAAUAAUUUUUAUAAUAUAAUUUAUAAGUAUUAUAUUUUUGACAUAUCUUAUAUAAAUAUGUAUAUAUCUAAAGAUAAUAUGAAUGAUAUAUGUUUAAAUAAAAAAAGCAGUGUAUAUGAAGAUAAUACUUAUAAGGGUAUAUAUAACAAGGUGAUGAAAAAGGAUGAUAGUGGUAAUAAUUUAUAUUGUGAUAAUAUUAAUGAUGAUGAUGAUGAUUACAUAUUAAAUAUUAAUAUGAAUGAUGAUAUAAUAAAUUAUAGUAUACACAAGAGUGAAGAAGACAACGAGGUUUUAAAUAGUUUAUAUAUUUUUUUAAAUGAUAUGAUAGUUGAUAAGAAUAAUAUAUUUAUUUUACAUUUUAAAGUUUUAACAAAUUUUAUUAAUUUAUUUAAAGAAUGUGAUGUGAAAAAGAAAUUAUUAUAUGAAUUAUAUAAUAAAAAGAAGAUUAUUGAGAUUAAUAAUUUUAAGAUUUUCUAUAAUAUAAAUGAAAAUGUAUAUAAAAUAUUUUUGAAUAGUUUUAUAGACAAAUAUUAUGUAACUGUUGAAAAUUAUAAUUUCUUCGAUAAUCUUUUUUAUCUUUUUAUAUAUUAUAAGAGAAAUAUAAUUAUAUAUAAUGAAAUAAAUAAUAAAGAAAAAUGUAUGAAAAAAAUUUUGGAGAAUGAAAAAUAUUAUAAGAAUAUAGAAUUAUUAAUAUAUAGAUUUUUAAGUAAAACAGAUUUUUUUGAUUCAUCAUCAUUAGAUGAAUUACUAUUAUUUUUUUAUCUUUUAAGAAAUAUAAAUAAUUUCAGACAUUUUGUUUUUGUGUUGUCUUUAUUUUGUAGAUUCUUUUAUUUAUAUAAAACCAAGUUAAAAUAUGUAGAUAUGUUUAAUAAUAUUUCAUGGGGCAAAAAAAUAAAACACAAUAAAAAAAAAAGCAUCCAACGUUCACAAAUGUUAUAUAAUCAAGAUGGUUCUAUCUUUUUUAAGAUGAUUAUUUGUUUUUUCUGUGCAUACAAUUAUGAUGGAUUCUUAAGUGGCGUUCCAAUAUUAAAGAUAAUGAAGGACGAAAAAGAGGACCCCUCCCUUAAAAAAAAAAAAAAGUCAACUAACAUGAAAAAUUAUGAAAAUGUUCAAAAUUUUCAAAAUGGUGAAAAUAUUCAAAAUAAGAAACAUAUUAAUUUACCUCACGAUCUUCAUAGUAGUAGUCAUAUUUGGUCCUACCAAAUUAAUGAUGUUAUAUAUGUUUAUUCAUACUACUUGAAUUAUAUCAAAUAUGUUUUGUUAUAUAAUCCAUAUAUAUAUAUGAACAUAAAAAAUAAAUUUAAAAAAAAAAAAAGUCUAGAAGAACUGUUCUACAUGUUCACAAAAAAGAAAGAAAUCUCCUUUUUUCAACAGAGUAAAGAGAAUAUAUAUCUAUGUAGUGGUAAUAAUAAUAUAAAAGAUAAUAAUUUAAAUCAUGAUGAGAACGAACAAAAUAAAGAUGACACAAACAACAAUAUUUAUAUUACAACAUAUGAAGAAGGAAAUAAAAUAAUAGAUGUAUGUUUUAAUAAUUUUAGAUUGUUUCAAGAAAGUAUAAAAAUAUUUUUAAAAGAAAUAAAAAAUUUAAAAAAAAAAAAAAAAAAAGGAAACAUAAAUAUAACAAAUAAUACUUCUAAUUAUAAAAUGGAUAUAGAAGAAAUAUAUAAAAAUGACCAAGGACAAACAUUUUGUUUUAAUUUUUUUUUUUUAAAAAGUGAUAAUAAUUUUGAAAAAAUUGAAAAAGAAAAAAAAUUUCAAAAUCAACAUGGCAUUAUACAUAUAUUAAAUAAUUGUAAGAAUAUAUUAAAUGCAUAUAUAAUUAAAAAUAAUGAUGAGUUUGAUUUAAAUGAAGAACUUGUAUGUUGGAAUGCCGAUUUAAUAUAUCAUCAUAUGUGUAAUAUUUCUUCUGUUGUAUUAAAUUAUUUUUUUAUUCUAUAUACAUAUCUACAAAGUGUAGGAAAUAAAAAGGAAGAAGAAGAAAAAGAUAAUAUAGACAUUGAUUUUAAUAUAUUUAUGUAUUUAAUAAGAAAAAUAAAUGAUGUUUUAAAAUUUUAUAUGUAUUCAAAAUAUAUAAGUAAAAAAUAUUAUAAUAUAAAAAAGGAAGAUCCGUUUCAAAAUGAAAGAAAAGAUGAGGAAGAUUAUUAUUAUUUUAAUCAUAUGUUUAUAUUAAAAAAUAGACGUUUGAAAAAAAGAGUUUUUUUAUUAUCAUUAAAUAUUUUAAAGAGUAGGUGGUUUAUUAUAUUAUUCAAAUGUUUUAUAAAUAAAUAUUCAACUUAUAAAAAUGUGUUUGAAGAGUUUAUAUAUUUAUAUUUGUCUUUUUUACACAAUAAUAUUAAUACAUUUUUUCGUUUAAUAAAAAAAAAGACAAAAACUAAAUGGUUAGUUCAAAAAUUGUUGAUAAGUAUAAUGAUAGGUAUUGUUUUACAUGAUCAUAUACAAGAUGAUGAGGAAGUUUUUAAAAAAAAAGUAUGUUAUAUAAUAUUGUCUAUAUUGAAAAGAUUAGAUGAGGAUGAAAGAUUUAUUUUCUUUUACUUGAAACAAUAUAAACACUUAUUAAAUAAUGAAGAAUAUAUCAACAUUAUUGAUGAUAAUGAUGCUUUUUAUUAUUCUACUUGUUUUUGUUGUAAUGACAAAUGCCAACUUUUAAACUGCCAAGAAGAUAAUAGAAAUAUAAUACAAAAGAAUGAGAACAUUUUUUUUGAACAAUUUAUUUUAUAUUAUAUAUAUAAGAUAAGAAAUGAAAAACUAAAAAGAAAAAAAAACAGUAAGAAUUAUAUAUAUGAUGGGCACAAAAUGGAGGAACAUGUUUUUUGUAGUAGUAAUAUACCUCUCUUAAUUAAUAUAAUUAUAAAUAAAAAAAAUAUAAAUGAUAAAAUAAAAAUAUUAUUAAAUAAAUUAUGUAACUUAUAUAUUAGAAAAUGUUAUAAUAAUAACUAUAUUAUGAAUAAAGAUAUAAUAAAAAAAAUUAUUAUGGAAAGAUUAAGUGAUAAGAAUAAUGAUAUAUUAUCUUUUUUUAGAAAAAAAAUUAAAGAUGAUUAUAUAUAUUUAUUAGAACAUAAAGAUAUUGAAAAUGACAUGUAUGUAUUUUUUAUAUAUAAUUUUUUAAAUACGGUGGAUAUUAAAUAUUUGAACAAUGAAAAGGAAACAAUAAAUAAGGACAAUUAUUUUGUUAUUUUAUUUUUAUUAUAUUUAAUAGGAAAUAAAACAAAAAUUACUCCAUUAGAAAAUGAUAUUAAUGAUAUUAAUGAUAUUAAUUGUAUUAAUGAUAUUAAUUGUAUUAAUGAUAUAAGUUAUCUAUUACUAUUUAAAGAAUAUCAUAACAUAUGGUUGUUAUUAAACAAUAUAGAAUAUGAACAAAUAUAUUAUUUAAAAAAAGAAACAUUUAAAAAAUCGUUUGCUGAAAAAUGUUUGGAUUAUAUUAUAAGUGCAUAUAAAAACGCUGGACAAAAAAACAAAUUAAGUUUCUUACUAUUAGUAACAAUAAAUUUUAAGAAUAAAAUAUGUUUAUUUAUUGCAUUGUCUAUUUUGUUUUAUUUUGGAGAUAUAAUAAAUGAAAGAAAAGAAAUACGAAAGAGUCUGUUGAAAAAAUAUGAAGAUAUAUCUAUUAUAAGAAGAAUAUGUAAGGUUCUUUUUUUUUAUUUUUAUGGUUAUAUAUACAAAUAUGAUAAAUACAAAAAUUUCAAUAGUUAUCAAAUAAAUGUUGAGGAGAAUAAUAACUUAAACAAAUAUCCAAAUGAUGAAUAUAUUUUUAAAUCUUAUGAAAAUAUAACUCUUUUUUUAUUUAAAAGAUUGUUCAAAAGUUUUUUACGAUAUGAAGAAAUGAGUGAAAAUGUAAGUGAUAAAAAUAUAGAUACAUAUGAGGAGCAUAUAAAAGGUGUAGAAAAUAAUAAGGGUGAGAAAAAAUAUAUGAAAAAUUGUCAACAUAAUAAUAAUAAUAUUACAUCAUCAAAUAAUGAUAGUAGUAGUUGUAGUAAUAGCGACAAUGAUGAAGAUGGCAAUAAGCACUUAAAUAUUAUGAGAGGAUCUAAUACUGAUAUAAAUAAUUAUGUUGGAGAUUCAAACAAGAUAAAACAGAAUGGAAAUUAUAUAAAAAAAAUUUCUAAAAGAAGGAAUGAUUAUCACAUGUUAUUAUUAUUAUUAUUAAAUUUAUUGAACAAAAAGAUAGAGAAUAACAACCACCACAAUAACAACAACAACAAUAAUAAUAAUAAUAAUAAUAAUUGUUAUGAUAAUAAUUAUGUGGAUGAUCAAGAUGUAAAUAAUAGGGCAUAUAUGAAGAAAAUAGAAAAGUAUAUAUACCUACAUUGGAAGAAUAUAUUAUUAUUUAUUUCAUUUUUAAACAAUAAUGAAAUUAAACUAUCCAAUUUUUAUUAUGAAAAUGUGAUGAAAAAAUAUAUAUAUAUAUUUAUAGAUCAUGAUUUGAAUAUGGAAAAAGAAGAAAAUAAAAAAAGUCAUAUUAUUUAUAAAAACAAAAAAAGAUAUAUUUUAUUUUAUACUUACUUUUUAAUAUAUAAAUUUAUGAAAUUAAAAGGGUUAGAUUUUUUAUCUAUGAUUGAAACAUUUUUUAAAAAUGAGCUUAUUGAAGAAUUUAUAGUAUCUAUAUUGGAAGAAUAUGGAAUGAUGGAAAAUGAAGAAAAAAAACGAAAUGAAAAUUUUUUAAUUUUUUUAUUAAAAUUGAUAAAAAUAUUUUAUAGUGAGUGGUACAAUUUAUAUAAAGAUAAAUAUGUAAAACAAGAAAUUUAUUUAAAAGGAUUAAAUAUUAACAUAUUUAAUGCAUUGAAAAGAAUUUAUAGUUAUACUAUGACCAAUAUAAAUAUAUAUAUAAGAAAUAUAUUUUUUGUGGAUCUAUGUAAUUAUCUAAAUUUUAUUUCUUUAAACAAUAUAUUAGACAAUAAAUUAAUCGAUGAAGUAUUAAAAUUUAAAGAAUUUAAUGUUAAUUAUGAUAAUAAUUAUAACUGGUUGAAUAUGAACACAAGUAUGGUAAAUAAAACAUGUCUCUAUUUUAAUUUCAAUGAAAAUAUAUAUCAUAUGUUACAAAAUGGUGAUGAAACGAUAAAUAAUAAUAAUAAUAAUAAUGAUAGUAUUGAUAGUAUUGAUAAUAAUGAUAAUAUUGAUAAUAUUGAUAAUAUUGAUAUGAUUGAUAAUAUUGAUAAUAAUGAUAAUAUUAAUGAUUUAAAAAAUUGUGAAAAUGGUAAUUAUUUUUUCAAUAAUAAUUAUAAAAAUAAUAUGAACAAGUCAGGUGAAAACGAACAUUUUGCAAAUUCCCAAAUGGCUAGCUCAGUAGAGAAUGAUGAAAAAUAUGAAUAUAAUAACAUUAAAAAGGAUAAGGAAAUAUAUGGAAGACGUAGUAGUAGAAUAUGUUUAAAAAGUAGUGGUAGAUAUAUAUACAGUAUAUUAAAUCAGAAUAAUUUUAUAAGAAAAGAGGUAUUUUAUUUAGCUUAUAAAAAUAGGUUAAAUAAAAAUAUAUAUGAUUAUUUCUUUUUAUUGUGUGUAUUGGUAAGUAAAUUAUUUUUUGUAUUUAUAUUGAUGUCAGAAAAGAUUAGGGUAUUUUUUUAUCACUUUAGGCUUUUAUAUACGUAUCAAAAAGAAGAGAUAUUUUUAAAUUUUGAUUUGUUGAGGAUGCAAGAAAUUAAUCGAAAGAUAAAAAAUUAUAUUAAGAGAUAUCCUGAUAUACAUUUUUAUAUAGAUUAUGACAAUGAUGAGAAUGAAAAGGAGAAUAGGGCGAAUGGUAUGUAUGGAAAUUAUAUAAAUAAUGAUUAUAAUUACAUGGAUAAUUCAUAUGAGGAGAAUAAAAAAAUAAAAAACGGAUUAGAUACAAAGAACAAUUAUGAUAAUAGUAGUGUUAAUGUAUAUUUAAAUAAUAGUAAAAAGAUAAUAUCAUAUGAUGAAGAAAAAGAACACUUUCAUCAUUUAAAAAAAAAUCAGAACUAUGAUAUGAAUUGUAAAUUUUGUAUAAAAUUUAGGGAGAUACAUAAAAUUGGUAAUACACAAAGGAUAUUGAAUUUAUAUGACAAGGAAGAAAAGACAAAUAUAAAGAAUAUGAUUUAUUAUGGAAAGACUAUACGUACAAAUUUGUUUUUACAUAGUCCUUAUGAAUAUAAUAUAUAUAAAAAUUGUAAAACGUUUAUUAAUGAUGAAGAAUAUGAUAAUGAUGAUAUGCAUGGAUCAACAAAUGUAUUAAACAACGAGUAUGAUGAUAACAAUAAAAUGGAUGAUAACAAUAAAAUUGAUGGUGAUGGUAUUGAAGAAACGAAAAAUAUGAAUAGGAAGAAAAAAAAGAAAAAUGUGGAUAUAAAUAAAAUAAAUGGAUAUUGCUUAAUUGAUGAAGAUGAAUUAUUAUAUGGAAGGAAAUUAAAAGAAAAUCAUUUUACUAAGAGUUAUAAAAGAUUAUUAGAUAUAUAUUCUUUGAGUGAUGUGGAUUUUUUUGGUCAAUGGAUUAAAAUAUUUUCAAUGAACGGAUUGAAAUUAUUAAUAUUUUGCUUAAGUAGUAAUGAUUUAAUUGUUAGGACUAUAAGUUUGAAAGGAUUAUCUAUAUUUUUUCAGUUGAUUGAGAAUUCCUUUUUUCUUUAUAAAAUAAGAAAAAAGUUAUUAUCUUUCAAAAAGAGAAAUGAUAUAUAUAAAAAAGAUAAAGAUGAUAAUUAUUAUGUGAAUAAUAAUGGAAUAGGUGUUAUGAAUAAAUUAUAUGAAUCUAAAAAGAGUAUAAUGAAAAAAAGGAAAUUAAUAAUACCUUUUAAAGAAUUAUUUUAUUUAUAUUUUUUUAUGAAGAAAUUAAAAUAUUCAGUAGAUCCUUUAACAUAUUAUAUAAAUCCAAGUAUAUCAUCAUAUUGUUUUUUUUUCUUAAAUGAGGUAUAUAAAAAGCACAAUAUUGUGAAUACUUUGAAGAAUUUGAUUAGAAGUAAAACUUUUUCUUCUAUUUAUUUUUCUUAUUAUUAUUUAAAUAGUUUGUUUAAUAAUAAUUUUGAUUCAUUGGACAUUAUGAAUUUUUUUAUUAUGUCGAAUCAGGGGUUGCAUUCGACGUGUUAUAAUAGUAUAGGUUAUCUGGAAGGCGAUAUUAAAAAUGGUGAUAAUAAUAAUGAUAAUAAUGAUGAUAAUAAUGAUGAUAAUAAUGAUGAUAAUAAUGAUGAUAAUAAUGAUGAUAAUAAUGAUGAUAAUAAUGAUGAUAAUAACGAUGAUAAUAAUGAUGAUAAUUAUGAUAAUAAUAAUUACGAUAAUUACAAUGUAGAAGAAAGACAGUUUAAUAACACUAUUGAUAGAAGUUAUUAUGCUACUACAAAUUUUACUAAUAGGAUGAUGCUUGAAAAUUUUGAUGAUGAGAGGGAGGAUAACAACAACAACAACAACAACUACAACUACAACUACAACAAUAGGGACACAUAUGAUAAUAAUGAUGAUAAUAAUAUGAACUAUUCGUUUGAAAAGAAAGAUGAAUAUAAAGAAAAAUUAUAUCUUAUAAAAUAUAAUUAUAGAUGCACCAUAAAAAACAUUUACCAUAUAUUAAAUCGAAAUGAUGUUUUUCAAAUUUAUAUUUCCAUAUUUUUUAAUAAUUAUAUAAAUCAUAACUUGUUAAAGAGAUUUUUAAUAUUACUUAUAUAUUCAAGCAAUGUAAUAAAUAUGGUUGGUAUGUAUGUUGAUAAUGUAGAUGAGGAGAAUAAUCGUUGUGUGGAAGAUAAAGAUUAUAAAAAUAAUUUAGAUGAUAAACAAAAGAAAAAAAAAAAAAAAAAAGAGAAUGUAGAUAAUAAUAUAAUUUCAUAUAAUGUAGAAGAAAAAUUCAAUGUUAUAGAUUUUUACAUAAAAAAUAAUUUAAUGAUGAAAUUAAUUAUAAAAGAUAAUAUAUUUUUAUGGUUAGAUUUAAUUAUGAAUAAAAAACUUUUUUCAGAUGUGAUGUCAUUUCAUUAUCCUAAUUCUUUUGUAUUUCCUAUUAUAAAUUAUUAUGAUUUAUCAUAUGAGCAUGAGAAAUUAUAUAAAAGGAUGAUCAAAGAAAAUGUGAGAGGUGAAUAUAUGACUAAUGGAAGAUAUAUAAAAAAAUUAUAUAAUAAGAGAAUAUAUAAUAUGAAAUAUGUUGAAGAAAAUGAUAUAUGUUUAUAUGAAAAAGAAGAAAUUAUAAGAACAAAUAAUAGUGAUGAAAAUAAAAAAUGUAUUAUAGAUAAAAUAAAUGAGAAAACAUUACUUGACGAUAAUAAUACUGUUCAUAUGAAUAAAAUAAAGAACAAAAUGUAUAAGUAUUUAGAAAUUUUGAUUAAGAAGAAAUAUAUGAUGGGUUAUAGUUUUAAAGAAAGCUACAAUAAAACAUCUGAAAUAUUUUUUUGCAUAUCUUUAUUUGUAUACAAUGUGGUAUCAAAUAUAUUUUCUCCUGCUAUAGAUUAUUGUGAUAUAUUUCAUAAGAAUAUAUUAUUAGAUAAUGAAAAGAAAAUAUUGAAAGAAUUCAUUUUAAUAAAUGCACAUAAUAUAAUAACAUCAGACAAAAAAAUAAAAAACAACAUCAUCAUCAACAAUAAUGAUAAUAAUAAUAAUAAUGAUAAUAAUAAUGAUAAUAAUAAUAAUAGUGAUAAUAAUAACAAUAAUGAUAAUAAUAAUAAUAAUGAUAAGAUGGAAAAAAACUUACAUACUUAUGAGAUAUGGAAUCAUUGGUAUAAUAACUUUCAUAAAUUAUAUUCAUUUAAAAUAAGAUGUUUUUUAUUUAUUAAAAAAAAUGAAGAUGAAAAAAAGAAUAUAAAUGAACAUAUACUAAAAUCUAGUCAUAUGAAUAUAUAUGAUGACCUAAUACAAAUUAUAAGAAACUUAAUUAGGGCAUUAUAUUAUAUCUUUUUGAAUUUAUAUCAUAAGGAAUAUUUUUAUCUCUUUAUAUAUGAAGAAGAUAUAAAAAAAAAAGAAAAAAAAAAAAACAAUACAAUACAUGAUAUUCAUUAUAUAUAUGAUAAAUAUAAUUAUUAUGGUUCUUUAAAACAUAACAGUAUAGGUGAUAAAAUAAGACAUUGUAAAAUGUUUAUUAAAUAUAUAUAUCUUAUGUUUAAUAUUUUAUUUAAUAUAUGUUCUUGUAUAUAUGAUCAAGGAUUAAGAACGGAUGUGGUUUUUAAAAAUAUAAUAAGCACAAAAGUUAUAGUAAAAGAUAAUUUUAUGAACGAAAAGAUAAGUGUAAUAAUAAAUGAGAUUAUUAUUUUUUUUGAAAAUAUUGUAAUCUUAUAUAAUUAUUUAAAGUAUGUUAAUAAUUAUGUGUGUGUAAAAAAAAAUAAUUUUAAAUUUAGCGUCCCACAUGAAAAGAUAGAAAGAGAGAAGAAAAAAAAAAAUAAUAACAAAAAAAAUAAUAACAAAAAAAAUAAUAACAAAAAAAAUAAUAAUAAAAAAAAUAACAAAAAAAAUAAUAAAAAUAAUAAUAAAAGAAAUAAUAAAUAUAAUAAUAAUAUUGAUAAGAUGAAGAUAUUAGAAUAUGAUGAAGAACAGAAAACAAACAUAACAUAUGCGUUUAAAAGUUACAAUGUGAGAGAGAAGAAAGAUACAAUGUCAUCUAUUGAAUUAUUUCAUGUACGUGUUCAUCAUAAGUUAAUAGAACAAACGUGUAGAAAUUCUGCGAAUGGUUCGAAUUAUAAUUUAUAUAAGAGAAUUAUUAGGUGUGUGUUAUAUAUGUUACAUAAAAAGUGUUAUAAGAAUAGUAAAUAUUUUUAUUACGUCUUUAUAAAUAAAUUAAUAACAAUAUAUCAUUUUUUAAAUGAAGAUUAUAUGUCUUGUAAGGUGUAUUUAUAUAUAUAUGAACUAUAUAAUAUUAUAAAAAGAGAUAAAAUGGAAUCAUUAUUAAACCAGAUUCUUUAA